AUGGCACCAUUAACACUGCCGGAGAAUAUGGGCUCAACUGUGGAUGUGUCGAUAAUCCAUGCGGGACGAACGAUUGUACCCACAGCCUACGUGGUUCAAAUGCCAAUUUCUGGGCAUGAUGUGCUUGACAUGCCUUGCUACAGCUUCCUAAUCGAGAACAAGGGGCUGAACAAAAGGGUCCUCUUUGACCUUGGACUGAGAAAAGAUUGGAAGGAGAAACUGCCGCUCCCUACUCAUGUUAACCCACUACGGAUGCUGACGUUGAUCGAACCAAAAGUCCUCCAGCAGAUCGAAUCUGCCAAGGCAUAUGUGGAAAUUAAGCAAGAUGUUGCUUGCCAACUUCGCAACGCGAAUGUCCCUUUAGAGUCGAUCAACGCUAUUAUCUGGUCACACCACCAUAUGGACCAUACAGGAGAUCCAUCACUCUUCCCUCCAUCCACGAACUUAGUCGUUGGACCCGGCUUCAAGCACAACAACACGACGUUUCCGGGUUAUCCGGCAAAUCCUGAUGCGCUGGUGACUGAAGACGCUUUCAUCGGCCGUAGCUUGGUCGAGCUGGAUUUCUCCGGUUCUAUGGCUAUUGGGGACUUCUUGGCCAUCGACUUCUUCCAAGAUGGAAGCCUGUAUCUGCUCAAAUCAAACGGGCAUACACAUAACCAUAUCAGCGCUCUGGCACGUACCUCUAAGGACCGCUUCAUCUUCCUUGGUGGUGAUAUCGCUCAUCACCCGGGGGAGUACCGACCAACCAAACACCUCCCCCUUCCAAUCAAGAUUAGGCCGUCGCCACUCGAAAGAAAAAUUUCCUCAAAUUCUGCGUGUCCCGGCUCCGUUUUUGAAGCAAUUUCUUCGGCAAAUUUAAGAGGCUCAGACGUCAGAGUCACUCCCUUCUACAAUUUGAACGCCGCAAUGAACGAAAAUCUGGAAGAUGCUGAGAUCGCUCUUGAGAAAUUGCUACAGUUCGAUGGCUCAGCUAGCGUCAUGGUUGUCACUGCCCAUGAUGCAAGUCUCCUGGAGGUCCUUCCUUUCUUCCCAAGGAAGAUUACCGAUUGGGAUGUCAAGGGAUAUAAGGCGGAGGGCACUUGGAGAUUUUUGAAGGAUUUUGCUGGGGCUAUUGACGGAACCACAGAUAAAAGCACAUAG